AUGAUCGACUCGCUUGCCUUUGAUUGGUGCUUGCCCCAAAACGAGCAUAUUGAAGAACACAUCAAACGACAUGGUCGUCGUCUUGAUUACGAAGAGAGAAAACGUAAGAGAGAAGCUCGUCUUGUUCACAAGAACUCUCAAAUUGCACAAAAGGUGCAUGGCUUCAAGGCCAAGAUGCUUAACAAGAAGCGUCAUGCCGAAAAGAUCCAGAUGAAGAAAGCUAUUAAACAACAUGAAGAAAAGAAUGCCAAGUCGAAAUCAGCUGACGCCAUUCCUGAAGGUGCUGUCCCUACUUAUCUUUUGGAUCGUGAAGGUGAAGAUCGUGCCAAGAUUCUAAGCAACAUGGUCAAGCAGAAACGUAAAGAAAAGGCUGGCAAGUGGUCUGUUCCUUUACCUACUGUGCGUGGUAUGGCAGAAGAUGAAAUGUUCAAGGUGAUGAAGACGGGUAAGAACAAGACCAAGCAAUGGAAGCGUUUGGUGACAAAGGCUACCUUUGUGGGUGAAGGAUUUACUCGUAAACCUCCCAAGUAUGAGCGUUUUGUGCGUCCUAUGGGUUUGCGUUACAAGAAGGCACAUGUGACACAUCCUGAACUCAAGGCUACUUUCUGUUUGCCUAUCAUUGGUGUCAAAAAGAACCCUCAAUCGCCUCUUUAUACUCAAUUAGGUGUCAUCACCAAGGGUACAGUGCUUGAAGUGAAUGUAUCUGAAUUGGGUUUGGUCACUACAGGUGGUAAGGUUGUUUGGGGUAAAUAUGCUCAAGUGACAAAUAACCCUGAAAAUGACGGUUGUAUCAAUGCUGUUUUGCUUGUCUAA